AAUAAGUCAAAAAUGGAUCCAGCACAAAUUACAGCCUUGGCAAAACUUUUAAAGACAAGCGGAGAUAAAGUACUAAAUUCACAGUUCAAAUUGUCGCUAUCAGGAUCUCUUCUCCGAGCCUUAAAUGAUUCUUUUAGUUUAAUUGUGGAUAAAAAUGAAAUACUUCCUCCACAAAGUUUUCAAGUGGUGAAACCUAACAAUGCCAAAUCGGACGUGUUUCGGGAUUUGCAGUUUGUGUACGAUUUUGUUCAGAAAACCGUCAUACUUAGUUUAAAUCAUUUUGUCAACGACGAUCCUUAUGAGUUUGCGGUGGAUAUAAGCAAAUUUCGAAGCUUGCGUACACUUGAAGUACAGAAAAUAUCAAUCAAGCAAAUUGUCGGCAUUCAGCACCUUCGCAGUCAGCUGGAGGAACUGACGUGCAUGAGGAGCAUUUCUGAUGUGACGGAUGUAUUGCUAAGCUGUGGUGGAGACAAAGUAUCGGAAUCCAAACAGUGGAGAUCGUUGAAGAGUUUAAAUUUUGCUUACAAUAUGCUCGAUUAUGUGGACAGUUCGUUAGACUUUGCACCGUGGCUUGAGGUGUUGAACUUAAGUCAUAACGAGCUUGUCAAUGUUUCAGCGAUACGAAGUCUUCCGAAUUUGCGUACGCUCAAUCUUAGCUUUAAUCGUCUGAACCAAAUUCCUGCUUUUCAUACAGAUGCAAUGCGAAAAUUGAGAGUCUUACAGAUUUCAAACAAUUUUUUGGAAGAUCUUGAUGGUUUGGCCUGUUUAUCGUGUAGCUUAAAUGAGCUAGAUUUAUCAGGGAACUUUAUUGUGGACCAUGGCGCACUGUUACCGUUAAGUACGCUGAUAGUACUACGGAGCGUAAAUUUGCUGGACAAUCCGUUAGCAUGUCAUCCCAAGCAUCGUCACGCAACAGCACGGUAUCUAAAUAAAGCAGCCUCUGAGGCGAAAUUUAUAUUAGACAACGAACAGCUGUCACGGUACGAAAGGACACUUACCGGUAAUUACGAUAGCUAUAAAGCAAUACUGGUGCCGAACGCUAUAUCCACGGCGAGUUUGCAUUCAAGUGGACAGAAUACACCAGCUCUGACUACAAGCGUGUUUGCUGCUGACGGAGAUGGCAACGUUACGAGUGGAAGUUUUAAGGGAACUAUGAAUGAGAAAGACGUAAUGAACCAAUCUGUAAUCUGUCAAAAGAAGUUACGCGUGCGACGAGCUGUAAUAUCCGAAAGUGAUAACGAGGAUUUAACCAUGAAAAAUGCCACAGCGGACGUUAACAAAACGAUAAGCUCUAUAAAUUUGGAAAGUAAUCUAGAACAUUUGGAAACGAAAAAGGCUUUAGAAAAUCUAAGAAGCCAAUAUGGCAGUGAAUGGUUGCAAAGUCAAGCCGGCCACAUGGUGAAAAAUGUAAUUGGAUUUGAUCCUAAUACGGAAAAAGAAUACGAAAGUGUUGUACACUAUCAGAACACCAUGGGAAGUAAUCAAAACAUCAAAGACCACACUAGCGAACACAUCAUACCAAUUGAUCAACCAGAUCCGCAAAUGCAAACAGAAGUGCAGCGCACUAGUACUCCUAUUGGUGAUGAGCAAAUAUUGUUUCAAAUAAAAACUACACAAGUAUCCCCUGUUGGACAGGGAGAAUUAUCAGAAACCAAAACGACUCUCUCCGAUUAUAAGAGCGCUUUCAGCGAUGAUAAUAAUACUCGAUACGUAUCGUUGGAACAAGAAAUUAUUGCUUCAAGUAUGAAAGGAUCACUGAAUUUAACAGAUAUCUAUAAGAAUCGGGAGGAAGUAGAUGAAGAAUCUGAAGCUGAAGAAAAUGAAAUACUAUAUCAUGUAUCUACACAUGAUGGUGGGACGGAUUUUUCCAUUGUAGUCUCUGACAAGAGUAUCAAAGAAAAAGAUGUGAUCGGAAAAACAAAAACUCGUUGGGGUAUAAAAACCUUAGAGGCCUGCGAAAGGUCGACAUCCUCUCGAAUAACAUUAACGUUUGAUACUAUGAAACGAGACAAAAGGGAACGAGUUUAUGAGAUGGAUGCUCACGAUUGCCAGUUGCUCGAAAAUCGUCUCCGAGAUAUACUAUCCCAAAGGCCGUUGUCUGAAAUGAAUCAGCGGCUUUAUAAAUGUGUCGUGUGUAAUGCCAAAUUUUCUCGUGAAGUAAACACUAAGCGUAUAUUUGAAGAUCUUCAAUGUCCGGAAUGCUAUGGUGGCUAUUGCAUUGAAAUAAGAGAACAGCAGUUGGAGAAAGAUACAAAAUCGGUCAUUGCAGGCAGUAGUGAAAUAAGUAAAGCCUUUGUUCAAUCUGUGUUGGCAUCCAAUAGCAAUGUUGAAAGUGCUGUACCCGGAACGUCUGGUACAAAUAUAUUGGAGCCAGCAACAAUUCAACAUAGUGCUUCGAAAAAUAGUAUAGUACAUCCGGAUGCAUGGAAGUCACCGGUGAAAAGUAAUCUAAAAUCUACUGAAUCUUUUAAUGAUUCCUCGUCUGUGUCAAGAAUAUCUCAGCCUGGUAGUUCCUGUGAUUCGAACCAGAGUGUGGCAGGCAGUACGAAUUCAGAACGAGACCGAGAUACGGAUUUGUUAGGCAACGAAAGCGACAUAGAAGUGUUGAGUAAUCCAAGUCAGAGUAGCAUUGAAGUUCUUGAUCGAGGAUAUCAUCCUAGCAGGAAAGCCUCCGAAGAGCGCCGAGUAUCUAGCCAUGAAAAUAUUAAUGAUGGCAGUGAAAAGUAUAUGGGCCAAGAAGCAGUGACCAGCCUGAAUGUCGGACAGGAGGCUUUAGAUGAUCACAAAGGUGCAAAUCUAGAUGGCAAUUUGGACGAAACGAUGAAGCAUUCUUUUGUAGCUUCUAGUAAAGAGAGUACGAGUACCAAAGAAGAUUUGUUGGUGACAAAAGGAACUAGUGUAUCGAAGUAUCAUACAUCGCAUGCCAACAAAAAAAUGUUCUUAACGAACGUAAAUCUAACGGAAAGCUCCAGCUCUGGUUCUGUAACAGAUAGCGUGUGUACGGCUUACGAAUCUAGCCAGGGUAUGACAUCGGAUGUAUCGAUUUCAAAACAAACAGCGAAAGAGCUCGAAGUGACAACUAUUGAACAAGCAUCAUCUCAUGAAUUGCACCCUGAAGAUUAUAAGGAACUUGUAGAAAAUGUGCCUGCAGGUGUUGUUUGUACCGGAAAAGCUGAUGGUUCCGUGCUUACCAGUGUACUUGGGGGAUUGUUUCAAUCCACUAACAUGCUAAUGGCAAAGAAUCCCAAGGGAAAAUCAGAUGAAAAUUCAAUGAACAAGUUUUACGAACCGAUCCGCUACAAUUUCAACGACUUCGCCAACGUUGAUCAUCGAUUGAAGUUGUACCUGUAUCAGACUUUGUUUGAGGACACUCAUGAAUCGUUAAAAUGGCUUGUGUCGUGUAUUGUAUUCGAUGACAAUCAUGCUGAUGAAUGGCCAUCGGGUUUUGAUGGUCUUUUUAUCAUGUCGACGACCAAGUUCUACGUAAUGAAGAAGGUGGCUGCUGAAAACGAUGAUCCGUCUACUUGGCUAAAGAAAUAUAUCGCUGGAACAAUUGAACGUGUUGGAAUUGCUCAGUCACUGCCAUGGAAAAUAGGCAUAAAAUUUAUUAUUAGUGCGAUCGGUGGAGUGCAUAUUAUUCUACAGGAUAUUCUUCGUACGGACAAAUUGAUGCUGUUUUUUAAUGAAAACCCUCUUCCGCAUUACUGUACCCUCGAUUACCAGUCAUCGGAUCUAUUAAACGGUAAACUAAAAAAAGUGACGAAGGGUGAACAAGUAAAAAUUGUGAUGAUAAUAAAUUUUUGCGAUGUGCUGCUUAAUGAUGAACUAGAAAGCGUGCAAUUAUCGACUCUACUAGUGACGGAGAAUAAAUUGAUGUUGGCUCCUGAUAUAAAAUGGCUCAAUGAAAGCUCUGCCUAUCCUAUUGAGCCCAAAUUUUCCCAACUCAUGACAAAUAUUGUUGAACUAGAAGAUGUAAAUGAGCUGUCCUGUCGACUAAAUUUCAUGGAUGAGCAAGAGGACAAAUAUGAAACGUGGCGUCUUGAUUUUGCUACAACGACGGCAAAGGAAAGCACCGUUGGUACCAUUUGCCAUUUGUGGGAGAAUAUAUUCGGUGUGCCUUUGGUAAAUGAAAAAGCGUCAGUUGUCAGCAACGUUAGCACUACUGGAGAUGACAACAAUGGCAAAAGAACAGAACAACAGAAGUAGUGCCAACAAUAACAGUAAUAAUCGCUAAAUGAAUUAGUCAAAAUAUCUCAAACAGUGGUUUAAGGUGUUUUUAAAAGUGUAUGAAAGUUAGUUAAAAAAUGAUCGAUGGAGAAUAAUCAUAAGAAUAAUAAAUUGAAAGUGAUAUUAGCAAUACG